AUGACACCGGAUGGGAUAAAGAGCAAGGACCAGGACCCCUCGUUGUCCGCCUCAGCACUCGCAUCCUCCUCUUCAGACCUUCCAACACCGCCCUCACCAGCUCACUCUCACUCCGACGAUGACUCCAUAUCACGAGCCUCGAGCCUCCAUUCGUACCACGACCCAGCCGAGUCCAAGAGAUCUCCCAGCGCCAACAAAGCCGCCUCCGUGCUCUCUCGCCAAACCACCUCAUCCAUAAAACCGCCCGCCAUCACAGUACCCCGCAAGGAGCGCCGCGGCCUCUUCGCCCACGUAGCCGUAGUCCGCGAAGUAACAGACGCACAACACUACAGCAACAAGACCAAAUGGAGCAUAACCUUCGUGAUCGCGUGCGCCGCCGCAGCCGCCCCGCUCGGCUCCGCCAUCGUGCUCCCAGCCCUCCUCGACAUCGCCGCCGACUUCAACGCCAGCGCCUCCGUCACAAACUUCAGCGUCGCGUUCUACAUGCUGAGUCUGGGAAUCUUCCCGCUGUGGUGGAGCAGCUUCAGCGAGACGCUGGGCCGCCGGACGAUUUAUUUGGUCUCGUUCGCGCUGUUCAUCGUCUUCAACGUCCUCAGCGCCGUGUCGACGGGCAUUGGCAUGUUCAUCGUAAUGCGCCUGCUUAGCGGCGGCGCGGGCGCGAGCGUGCAGGCUGUGGGCGCGGGGACGAUAGCGGAUCUGUGGGAGCCGAAGGAGAGGGGUAGGGCCAUGGGUAUAUUUUACCUGGGACCGCUGUGUGGGCCGCUCUUUGCGCCGAUUGUGGGUGGUGCAAUGGCGCAGGGGUUGGGGUGGAGGAGCACGCAGUGGUUCCUUGUGGUCUAUGGAGGCUUGACAUGGAUAGGUAUAUUGUUCUGUCUUCCGGAGACGCUGAAGAAGCGGAGGGAUGUUGUUGCGGAGGCUGAGCGCGAUGCCGCGCAAGAGGAAGAAGAAAAGGGGAAGGUGGCCAGGCCGCAGUUGCAGCGCGUCAGCACGAGGCAGUCGGUUGCGCAGACGAGCAAGAAGUGGGCCAAGCUGUUCCACCGCUGCUUCAUCGACCCGCUGUCCGUGAUCCUCUAUCUGAGGUUUCCGGCUGUUGCGCUGACGGUCUACUACGCCUCCAUAGCCUUUGGGACGCUGUAUUUUCUCAACAUAUCUAUACAGGAGACGUUCUCUAAGCCGCCGUAUAACUUUUCGACUACUAUCGUCGGCUUGUUGUACAUACCGAAUAGCUUGGGGUAUCUUGUGGCGAGUGUGCUCGGUGGAAGAUGGAUCGACUCGAUCAUGAAGCGGGAAGCGAGGAAGGCGGGCCGAUACGAUCAGAAAGGGAAACUUGUUUUCAGACCUGAGGAUCGGAUGAAAGAGAAUGCUUGGCUGGGCGCGAUAAUGUUUCCCGGCGCACUGUUAUGGUAUGGUUGGUGUGUGCAGAAGGGUGUCUUCUGGUUUGCGCCGAUCCUCGCAAACUUCUUCUUCGGCGUCGGCAGUAUGCUUGUCUUCGCGCUCGCCACAACUAUGCUUACAGAGUUCAUGCCCCGACGCGCGUCUUCGGGCAUUGCGGUGAACAACCUCAUGAGGAACCUGUUCUCAUUUACUGGUGCAAUCGCUGCCGAGCCCAUCAUCGCGGCCAUCGGCAAUGGGUGGCUCUUUACAAUCCUAGGAGUUGUGAGCUUUGUCAGUGGGGCAGCAGUGGUCUGGAGUAUGGGGAAGUAUUCGAGUAGCUGGAGGGGGAGAAUGGUUGAGGCGCUAGGGGAGGCGUAA